AUGUACUCCAAGGUCGUAGUCUUCCUGUGCGCGGCGAGCCUCGCCUCCGCUGGCCAACUCUUCGAGGCUGCAGCUCCUGUGGCAUACAGCUCAGCGCCCGCCGUCUCCUCCGUAUCAUUCUCCUCUCACACCUCGCACGCUCCUGUCGCCACAUACGCCGCCGCUCCUGUAGUCGCUAAGGCUUACGCUGCCCCGGCCUACGCCACUUACGCCGCAGCUCCCGUCGUAGCUAAGAGCUACGCCGCUCCCGCCUACGCUACCUACGCAGCUGCCCCCGUCGUAACUAAGAGCUACGCUCCAUCAGUGUCUUACCAAUCCAUCUCAACUCACUCUUCUGACGUCGCGUACGCCAAGACCUACGCUGCACCCGCGGUCACCACCUAUGCUGCUGCUCCCAUCGUAGCCAAGAGCUAUGCUGCUCCUGCUGUCGCGACCUACUCUGCUCCAGUGUACGCCAAGUCAAUCUCUCCAGCUGUUUCUUACUCCUCAUACUCCAGCCACUCUGCUCCGCUCGCCUACGCCGCGGCUGCUCCCAUCGUCACCAAGACUUACGCUGCUCCUGCUUACUCCACAUACGCCGCUGCUCCCAUCGUGGCCAAGGCUGUUGCCCCAGCGGUAUCAUACUCUUCCUACUCGUCUCACUCCGCACCUGUGGCCUACGCCGCCGCUCCCAUCGUAGCUAAGUCUUACGCCGCCCCCGCUGUCGCCACUUACGCUGCUGCUCCCGUCCUCAAGUCUGCUGUGACGUACUCUGCCGCCCCAGCUGUCGCUCACGUGUCGUACUCUAGUCUUGGAUCCAACUACGCCAAGAGCUACGUGGCUCCUGCAGUUUCCUACUCCGCUCCAGUGUACGCCAAGUCUAUCUCUCCGGCUGUCUCUUACUCUUCAUAUUCAAGUCACUCUGCUCCUCUGGCCUACGCUGCGGCCGCACCCGUCAUCGCCAAGUCUUACGCCACUCCCAUCAUUGCCAAGUCCUACGCUGCUCCCGUCAUCGCCAAGACCUACGCAGCUCCUGCUUACACCACAUACGCCGCUGCUCCCGUUUUGGCUAAGACCAUCGUCCCAGCAGUAUCUUACGCAAGCCAUUCAGCGCCUAUCGCCUACGCUGCAAGUCCCGUCAUUGCGAAGUCCUAUGCUGUUCCUGAACUGGCCACAUAUUCCGCUGCUCCCGUAUUAAAAUCUGCAGUGACCUAUGGUGCCAACUAUGGCUGGUGA